AUGCACAAUAAUAUGCUUGCAGAAGACACUGGACUAAAGUUCGACAAAAUCAUAGAAAAAUGGUUUCUCCGAGUUAUUAUGCAUCGGAAUUUCCAUCAAGGACGUGAUAAAUUUGAUGAUGACCAGCUGCUUCUUACUUUGCUAGAAGUAAUAGACUCGCAGAAUCUAGACCAUUCGAUACCCCGAGUAAUAAAUGUGUUAGAAAAUUUUCGAGCCAAGCCAGAAUUCCGACUCCUCGCAGAGGAUGUAGAGCGAAUCAUGAUUUCGAAACCAGAAUUAUCACGUUUUGUCUUUUCAGAUUGGAUAAAGAACAAUAACACCCCGAAAAAUGCUCUACGGAUUCUCCUUGGGGACAGGAAAAGCAAUAAUUUUGAUUUUUUACGAAUUCGAUUGUGGCUUGACUACGUCGACUAUAUCAGGGACCUUUAUGCAUUCCAUACAAAAUCAAACUCCGUCCCCUCUUCUAUAAUUCCAAGCCGCAACGGAUUGAGCGAUGAAGUCGAGUCAAUGCAAAAUCAACAAAAAAUUUUCGAGCAAAUUUUGCUGGAAAGUGAGCUUGUGUUCGCUCAUUUGAUAUACAACCGAUGGGUUCAUUUUUUCGAAAAAUGUCUGAUCAGCGAAACAUUACCGGAUGUGGCACUGAAAACAGUGAGAAAUUAUCAACAAGCUCUUUCGGACAAUAUUGAGCUCAUAACGGUACUCGAUUACGUGAUUCGUUACAGAAAAAAUCAUCAAUAUCCCGACAUCAAGCUGUACGAAUUGUUGACUUCUAAGCGUUUAUUUGAUGAAGUGGUGGACCAGUUGAAAUCAAUUGAUACUCUAAAGAAGUCUUUUUCAGAGGCGGCAGGCAGAAUGCUGUACUCCAUGAUUUCUGCCAAAGACAUUAUGACCGUUUUUGUAAAGGCCAAAAUCACCGGUGGUAAAUACCGUAAAUGGCUUGACAGUCUAUACGCUAUGUUUGCUGAUUCAGAACCCAUGAAGGUCACAACAUCUCAAUCGGCUAAGCAGAAAAACGUGGAUAAAUCAAAUGCUAUGUAUGCUGAGUCAGGACCCACGAAAGUCACGACAUUACAAGAGCUCACGUCUAUUAAGCAAAAAAACAAAAAUGUCUUAAAUGCUAUGCAUGCUAAGUCAAGACCCACGAAAGUCACGACAUUCCAAGAGCUCUUUUCUACUAAGCCGAAAACCAGAGAUGUAUUGAGUUCGAAGCCUAACGAUCAUCGUUCGAUAUAUGAGCACGGGAACACACCGGUAGUAAGCACCAACAAAGCGCAUAAGCGAAAACGAGAUGAUCAAGUGAGCGACGGUAAAAGCGAUUUGAUUGAAAGGAUUUAA